AUGCCUAUUGUAUUAACAUCGAAUUGCGUAUCAGAACAAGCCAAGCAACACGAUGAGUUAAAAUUAGCACUAAGGAUGUUUUUGUCAAUCUCUCGAAACAAGAAUCCGAAAAAUCUCACAAUAUCAUUCAAAAAUGAUCAAAGUCCAAUUGUUCGUUUUUGAAUGGCCUGUCAAAGUGGCGGGUCGGCAAACGAUGAAAAAGAAAGUAUUAUUGCUCUCGCUUUGAAUAUAGUAAAAGGAGGAGACCUGAACACACUAACCAUCCGAAAAGUGAAGGAACUUCUUAAAGAACAAAUUGAUGUUGAAGAUUCUUAUGACGAACAGCUUACUGAGCUUGUAAAAGUUGCCAUCGAUAGACAUGUCACUAGUUUACAAGAGUCAGGAUUGAGCAACCAAAAAAAAAGAGGAAAGCCACGUACUAAGAACGAAGAAUUCAGUGGUCCAGCUGUUGAAAACAUCUAUCAUCGGUUGACCAAAGUCUGUCGCCAACUAGGUAUUGGUCUUCCUAUAAACAAACUGAAAGGUAUUGAAGAAGAAAGCGAAAAGAUAGAGAUUGUCAAAGAAUAUUUGAAAAAAAAGGGAGUGAAGAGGGAUCCUCUCUUGCUUACUGAGAAGCAACUGAAAUCUUUACGAGCCAAAUUAGAACGUGAAAAAGAGUUAGAAAGUUUGGAUACUAGCAAUAUCUUAAAAGAUUCUAGUAAGAGGAAAAGAACAGGAGUAUCCUUGGGAAGCACGGUGAUCCAAAAGGAUACUAGUAGCCACUCGAUAGACGACGAAGAGGUAGAAGAAGACGAAGACAUCAAUAGUUCUUCACAAGAGGAACACCGAGAAGAUUCUUUGGAUUCGAAGCCUUAUUCUAGUAAAAGAAAAAGACACAAAACCGUACAAGUUAGUGACGAAGAAUCUGUUUGACAACCAGUGUCGGCGCUUAUCAAUUAUAUGAUAGAAUCUUUCACCUAUUUUUGAUAACAGCUAACUGAACUUUAUCAUUCGUGUCUUGUAUUUAGUUUGUAGAGUUUUUCAUAACUGAAAAUCAUUUCAAGUAAAAUACGAUUGCUCGAG